AUGCCGCCGACCGGGCCUAACGACAAGGCUCAGCAGCCUCUUGGCUCUGGCUUUCCAGCCUCAAAUCUUUACCCGAACAGCAACAUCUGGAACGCCUCUAUUUCCAGGGACCGUCCCGCUGCAGUCUCCAAUCAAGAAUCCGAACACAGUCCCACAGCCGCAGGAUCCAGCGCUCUCAACGCAAACUCCGAACCCGUCUGGUCUGGCCGUCCUUGGAGCAAUGGCCAUCCUGCUCGCUCCGUCAACAACUCUCCCAACCGAGUCCACGAGGCCACUCUUGCUAAUAGCGCCUCAUUCCUUGAGCACUCUCAGGCACACGGCGCCCUUGGCCUUCAGAGGUCCUCCUUCGAUGCCGACGCCUACCCGACUCAGAACCGCGCGACCCACGAUGCCCCCUUCGAUACCAUCGGAGCAUUCGCCUCGCGCGACCAGAAUCUGCCUGCCAUGCGCCAGCAUCAGGGAUCGAGCUCAUUCGCCGGCACCUACCAACCCCAUGGGCACAGCAACUCUGUCCACUCCCAGCGUGGUCUCCCGAGUCAUGCCGCUUCUGUGGCUACCGCCCACCAGCGUCAAUUCAACACCAGGCUCGACGAAGAUAUUUCAGCCCAGUUUUCUCAACGUAUGAGCCUGGACGAGUACCCCGCCACUUCUUCGUUCAACCCUGCCUCGCAGCCAUUCCAGAUCAACCCGGAUUCUUCUUGGAUGGCUGACGGCUCGCGUUUACCUGCCAGACUUGACUACCCACCGGCCGAGGCUAUUGGAUCCCACGUCUCUGCCAUUAGGCGUGGCUCCCUUGAUAGAAUCACUCCCUCGCCCACCUACAACGGAUUGGACUCUAACAACAGCCCUCGCCUUAGCCAAGCCGUCAAUUCUGGCAUCUGGGCCGCUCGUCCUUCCUCGCGCGAUCCUCGCACAGCCGACAGUGACCGUCGCUCUCAGGCCCAACAUCAACAUUUUCAGUUGGCCUAUCCUCAAAACUUAUACAACCAGUAUGGCUACGGCAUGAUGCCACCGCAGUACGCUCCCAACUUUGUCGACCACUAUGCCCAGCCGAACUAUGCGCAGCAGCACUUUCGCCAAUCCCUGAUCCAGAACUACGGCCUUCCUCCAGUGCCCGCUACGUACCCUCACAACAACGGCAGCCCCUCUCUGCGAUCCUCGCGCGACCAAGACCCCUCCAAGGCUGUUCGCAGCUAUCUUCUUGAGGAGUUCCGCCAGAGCAACAAGUCCAAUAGGCGAUACGAGAUCAAGGAUAUUUACGACCAUGUUGUAGAGUUUAGCGGCGACCAACACGGCUCCCGAUUCAUUCAGUCAAAGCUUGAGACCGCCAACAGCGACGAGAAGGAGCAGGUUUUCCGCGAAAUUGAGCAAAAUGCCGUUCAACUCAUGAAGGAUGUUUUUGGCAAUUAUGUUGUCCAAAAAUUCUUUGAGCAUGGCAACCAGGUUCAGAAGAAGAUCUUGGCCGAGAAGAUGCGCGGCAAGGUCGUCGACCUCUCCCUUCAAGUCUACGCCUGCCGAGUCGUACAGAAGGCUCUUGAGCAUAUUCUUGUUGAGCAACAAGCUGAGCUCGCCCAGGAGCUCGCCCCUGAAAUUCUUCGCGUCAUUCGCGACGCGAAUGGAAACCACGUCGUCCAGAAGGUUAUCGAGCUCGUUCCCAGACCGUACAUUGGCUUCAUCAAUGAGGCCCUACGCGGUCAGGUUACCGGUCUCUCCUCUCACAACUUCGGUUGCCGAAUUAUCCAGCGUGUGCUUGAAAAUGGCACCGAAGCUGACAAGCUGGCGGUUAUGACCGAGCUGCACGCAUCUGCGCAGAUCCUGUUCACCGAUCAGUUCGGCAACUACGUCACCCAACACGUCAUCCGCAAUGGCAAGCCCGAGGACCGUAAGAAGCUCAUUCAGCUUGUCAUGUCUCAACUGCACACAUUCUCCAAGCACAAGUUUGCCUCCAACGUUGUAGAGAAGUGCAUUCAGUUCGGCACUGCUGAGCAGCGUACCGCCAUCCGCCUACAGCUCACCACUCCUGGCUCUGACGGCACCAACCCGCUACCGGUUAUGAUCCGCGACCAGUACGGGAACUAUGUUAUCCAAAAACUCUUGGCUUACCUGUCGGGCACCGAGAAGGAUAAUCUUGUUGAACUGGUCAAGCCUCAGUUUUAUGCUCUCAAGAAGAAUGGCAACAUGCGCCAGCUUCAAUCCCUCGAGGAGCUCUUGGGCCUGGGAGGCCGGGAACAGGGUGACCACACCGACACGGGAGGCCGGGACCAGGAUGAUCACACCGACACGGGAGGCCGGGACCAGGGUGAUCACCACGACACACUUACUCCUGCCUUGACCAAUGAAACCGGCAGCCCUCGGACGAGCAGCCCGCCAAGCACCCACGUUAGUGCCGUGAGCCUGGCCGCGGCGGAUGCACCCAACAAGGCAUCUAUCGCAGCCCCGGGGGCCGUCCAGGUGCACGAUGAGGAAGCAUAA